CCAAGCCACUACCCAUGGGCAUCGUUGUCCUCUCUGAAUUGGCUGAAAACCCUUUCUUCCCUCCUGAAGACCGGGGAGAGACUCCGCGUUCUUCCAAGAAGAGGCCUUCAACGGGGACUCCAGCUGACCAUAGCUCAAAGAAGUCCAAGUCGACUCGAGAUCCGAAGGAGACGGGAUCGUCCUCCAAGGAGAGGGAUCAUACUUCCAAGAAGCCCCGCUCCCCUGACAAAGGGUCCUCCAGGCAAACCCCGGCUCCGGGGAUGUUGCACACCAAGGAACCGUCCUCUCAGCACCGACCAGCUAGCCCGACCCCCGACUUCCCACAGCUGUCGACUGUUCCUUUUGUCCACCCGGAUACAGAAGCUACCUGGUCCCCACAUUGCGAGUCACCUUCGCCGGUCCUGCACUCUGCUGGGGAAGAGCCCCUUGACAAUGACCUCUCCGAUAUGUUUUACGACUCCGAGACGGACUGCUAUUACAUGUCGGUAUCAAGGGAGCUUGCUUUCCAGAAGUUCACAGCCAAGCUCAACCUCCGUCCUGUGGCUUCUGACCGAGGCAAACCUUCGGCAUUGGCCUCGAAACCUCCUGCCCCCACAACCCAGCAGUCCGUGGUACAGCCCUCCAUCCCGUUGCGUGAGCCUGAUCAAGCAACACUCCUGGAUUAUGACUCGGAGCCCGAGGUCCUGCCUCCUUCAGAGGAUCCUUCGGAGGAAGACACUUCCCUGCAAGGCUCUCCACAGCGGAUGCACCAUCCCGAGCCGUCUUCUCCCACUGAUGAUGUUCAUUCCUUCAACGAGCACAUUAUCAAGAUGGCAAGGGCACUGGACAUUGAGCUAUCCUACCCCGAGGAGGAAGCUAGGGACCCCAUUGAGCGUCGGGUCCACGGCUGCAUGCCAACACCGCCCUCCAUUCCAUUGUUCCCAUCUCUCAAGACCAUCGUGAAGAGGUCCUGGGAUGCACCGGCCUCCUUGGUGGGCUCAUCACACAAGAUCAAGUCCCUCUAUAGGAUUUCGCCAUCAUGUUGUUCUUGGUUGGCCGACCACCCUAAACAGAACUCGGCCAUAGUGGAAGGGGCCCAGCAAACGUUUAUUCCAAAGCAGGCAACCUCUCCCGCCGAUCAAGAAGCCAAGAAAAUCGAUGGUCUCGCCAGGAAGGCUUAUUCGGCUGCAGCCCUGGCCGUGUAGGCCAUUAAUUACAAUGCGUGCAUGGGUGUUUACCUCCAGAUACUCAUGGAGGGGAUCUCGACGGUCAUUCCAGAUGUCCCGGAUGAUGCACAACGGCGGCUGGUCGAAAUCAGGGAUGAGACCCACUUCAUAGGCAGUUGGCUGAUCACUGCCUCCAGGAAUGUGGCAGAUUGCACUGGAAGGGCCAUGGCUGCCUCAAUGGCUCUCCAGCGGCAUGCUUAGCUUCGGGGGUCUGACCUCAACAUGAACGUGAAGUCAACGAUUGAGGACAUGCCACUGGACAGAUCGGGCCUUUUCCACGCCGAAACCGACAAAUGACUGAACCGUAAGUUCAGAAUGAAGGCGGCGACAAAGAAGCACGGCAUGUCGUCAUCCUCAAUCUCUCCGUUCUGGAAGAGGCAGCGCAUGGCAAUCCCAAGGGUCUCUGGUUUGCGACGGUCGACUUGAAGGAUGCCUAUUUCCACCUAGGGAUUUGAGAGUCCCACAGAAGAUUCCUUGCCAUCGCUGUUGGCUCCACCGUGUACCACUACAAUGUUCUUCCCUUCAGCCUUGCCAUUGCUCUGAGGGUCUUCACGAAGUGCAUGGUAAAACCCAUUUGUCUGUAUUCGCUGAUGACCACUCGAAGAAAUACAGUUACAGUUCAGGGUGUUGACAGAUGUCGCCUCGAGGGGAAAGAGAUUUAUGUCAAGAUCCUCAGAGAAGAGCUGUUACUUGCGUGACACACACAGCUUUUUUUGGCAAAACGGCUGUCUGUCAGGGAUUAUAAAUUGGAGGGACUCACCUGGUCUCCUUCUUCUGCAGGAAGAAUAAAACCACAGUCAAAUAUUCUGCCGCCCUUUGCCGGAAGGAUUGGUUGCUUUUUUUUUAAAUUUCAUUUUUGUUGUGCCAUUUCUUAAGAAUGACAUGUUCAGUUCCUUAUGGGAAGGGAUGAGAUCUCUACCUGAUUGACCAGUUUUUCCUUAAUGUUCUUUGGAUGCAUCUGCACUGCAGAAAUAUUACAGUUUGGCACCAUUUUAACUGCCCUGGGUCAAUUCUAUGGAUUUCUGGGAAUUUGGAAAAAGGGUCCCUGGAACUGUUUUUAAGGGAUGUGUGUAUAUGGUGGAGGUGUCAGAAUUGGCUGUUGUUGGUUGUUACUAAUAUUGCUUAAUUGGAGGUCCUUGCAGGGAGAGGGCAAAUUACUUUUCCCCAUCCGUUAUCAUGGAACUAUCUUUAAAUAAUGCUUGAUUAAAUGCUGGAUCAUUCAGUCCCCUUUUGAUUUAACUAAAUACAGGUUCAGUCCUCCCAUUCCGAAAUGCUUGGGACCAGAAAUGUUUUGGAUUUUAGGAUUUUGGAAUUUUGGAAUAUUUGCAUAUACAUAAUGAGAUAUCUUGGAGAAUGGGAUCCAAGUCUAAACAUGACAUUUAUUUAUGUUUGAUGUACACUUUACACAAAGCCUGUGUUUGUUCUGCAAUGUUGUGGAAAGAGGAAGCACAGGGUUGCUCUGCUGGGAAAUGGAGAGAUUGCUCUAGGACUUUCCGAACCCCCUGUGUUUUUGGAAAGGGUGUUUUUGCUGAUGUACUUAUAUUUUAGGAAACAUAAACCACUUAUCUGGGUAUUUCUUGGUGGUUUUUACAAGGCAUGGAACAAAAGGGAAGAGGCUUCGGGAUAGAUUGUAAGCCUGAGGGCAGGGAACCGUCCAAUUAAAAAGAUUGUAUGUACAGCGCUGUGUAAAUUUAUAGCACUUUAUAAAUAAAGGUUAAUAAUAAUAAUAAUACCCCAAGUAUCAUCGUUCCCUAAAGCAAUUUGGGAAUUGCGUAGCUUUCCUGAUGAACUGCAGCUCCCAGCAUUCCUCACCAUUGGCUAUAAAGGCUAGUGGACUGAUGGAAGAUGCAGUCCAACAAAAUCAGGAGGCCUGCAUGUCCAUCUUACCUAAAGAGUAGAUCCUAAGCCACUACAGGUGAACUACUUUCCCAUCAAGAACUUGAAAUAAAUUACUUUUAGGUCUAUUAAUUUAAAAAAACUGUUGUUAUUGUUGUUUUUGUUGUUGGGUGCCUUUGUUUUUGGGGUUUUUUUGGCAGAAUUUCUUCAUAAGGGCAUUUGUUUUUGCCCUCAUCUGAGGCUGAGAGAUUGUGACUUGCCCCAAGAGUUGUCAUUUCAUGAGAUAUCAUGAGAUGUUGGGGAGCUCGGGUGCCAAAAGAAACUGUAAAUCCCAGGAUUUCAUAGGAUGGAGCCAUAACAGUUAAAGCAGUGUCAAACUGCAUUAAUUCUGCAGUGUGGAUGCAGCCUUGGUAGACAUCCAUUCAGACUUUCUUCCUGCCUUCCUUUAUGCAAAGCUCCUAUUUAGCAGGUUUUUUACAGCCAGGAGAUAGAGGUGCGUCCAUCACUGCAGUAGGCGUUGUAUCAAAUAUUUGACAAAUUGAUGUUCCCGCAACUCAGAAAAGGCACAGAUUUUAUUGUAGGAUUAAACAUGCCACGGAACCAGCCCAGACAUUUGGGUGCCUGGGUGGGUAACACGUAAUGGGACACCUAUCACCCUCCAUGACACACAAGUGCAAAUCCGUGUUUCACUGGCAUUUUGUGUCAUUUAUAUCUUGCUUUUCUGCCAUGGCAGCUCCUUCCUUGUUGCGUUGUCAUCAGACAUCAGUCAUGGUAAAUACAUGUGCAACAUGAAUGGUGUAUAUGUGUAUGCAUGUGUGUUGGGGCUGAAAGUUCAACUAAUUCCCCCCUUCCAAAUUUUUGGAGAGGGUUUCUUGAAAGACUUUUGGGCAUUUUUUAUUUAUUUAUUAAUUUAUUGCACAAAACCAGGCAUGAAACCCAAGGGUUACACAUCACUGUACUAGAUCGCAGUGUAAAGCAGCCUGUGAGCUUGGAAAAAUUACUUCUUUUUAAAAAGUACAAUUCCUGGUACUCUCAACCUAGUUGAAGAUUAGGUAAGCUCUCUAAGCUUUUUGCUUGAGGAAGAAGCCAGCAGAGCUUCGAAGGCUUGCAACGUGUGUAACAUGCAUUUUGUUUGGUCCCUGUAUUGUGGAUUUUGGAUCAUACUGUACUGCCUUUAUAUCCCAGGCAUGGAGGUUGUGGUGAAAUCUGUUUGGUGUCCUUUCCAGAUCUGUUGCAGGAGAGCUGGUUAAACUUUGGCCAAGGAUGUGUAUGACCUGUGUGCGAGCGAGGAGCAAGGGCAGUGGGUAAAUAUUGACUGGGCCAAAGUGAAAGCAGAGAUAAGUGGGACAUUUCUACUAAUAGGAGGAGUUGGCAACGUGUGAUAAGAGUUGCGUACCUCUCUUGACAUUCAGAAUCCUUUGCCCUUUUUUCUUCCUUAAAGAAUCAGCUCAAAUGUUUAUUUUCACUAUUUAACCCAUAUAGCGUGCCCAGUGGGGCAAGUGGUUGGCCCCCAUGAUAAUACUAGAGCCCAGAGGUCUUUGGAUCCAUCCUUUGGUUCUUGCAAUUGUCUGAAGAAGGCAAGAGAUAAGGAGGGUCACAUUCUGUCAGAACUCCCCCUUCAUUCAUUUAUUCAUUUGGAGGUUUCUGUCAUGAGGGUUAUUAUAGGUUAAGGAUGAAUAUUAAUAGAUUAAAGUAGUAAUGGGUUAUGGUGGUUAUGGUGUAUUGUUUAUAUAAUGGGUAAUAGAAUGAACUAAAAAGAGAUAGGCUGCCUGCUAGACUCUGUGCUUGCCUGUUAGGUUGGAAUGUAAGGGAGUUACCCUGCCAGCAGAGACUGUCUCUGUGCUGGGAGGGGGAACUGUGGCUAAUAGACUUUUGUGUUAACAUGUUCACUAUAUUUUAAUAUGCUGCUAAUAUAUGUAUGUUGCUGCUAUGUAAAUAUGUGGAGUGGGGGAUGUUGGGGCUUAUAGUUCUGUUAAGAUUUAUCAUUACUUAGGCUAGUUGUAGCUCGAGGUUUAUGCUGCAAGGUCACAGGUGCAGCGAGGAGAUAACGCUUUGUGGGAAUUGUUUGGAGAGGUUGCCAAGGAUUCUGGACUGGAGGACAUCAUCGGGGAGGAGAUUCCUCACUGCGCGGGAAAAGUUAUCCAAUUAACUUACCUUAUUGCUUAAUGGGGGUGGGUUUGCUUUCAGGGGUUAUAUAAACCAUAUGCUAUUGUACCUCCUUAUUCCUGACAAAAAGUGUGUUUGGAUACUUUUGCUUGUUCUUACAAUAAACAUUAAUUGUUUUCUCAUUGA